AUGGGCAAUGCGCAGGAGCGGCCCUCAGAGACGAUCGAUCGCGAGCGGAAACGCCUAGUGGAGACGCUGCAGGACGACUCCGGGCUGCUGCUGGAUGCACUGCUGGCGCGCGGCGUGCUCACCGGGCCUGAGUAUGAGGCGUUGGACGCGCUGCCUGAUGCCGAGCGCAGGGUGCGUCGCCUGCUGCUGCUGAUACAAAGCAAGGGCGAGGCCGCCUGCCAGGAGCUGCUGCACUGCGCCCAGCGUACUACGCGCGCGCCAGACCCGGCCUGGGACUGGCAGCACGUGGGCACUGGCUACCGGGAACGCAGCUACGACUCUCCAUGCCCUGGCCACUGGACGCCUGAGGCACCUGACUUGAGGACCGCUUGCCCCGAACCGCCCAGAGCUUCAGACUGUGACGAGGCUGGGGUUUCAGGGGGCUCGGAGGCAGUAUCCGGAACCCUCAAGGAACUCGAUCCGGAAGUGGAAGCUGAAGUCUCUGAAGGGGCUGAGCCAGAGUUGGAACCCCAAAUGGAUCCGGAACCAGAGCCAGCACCUGAACUGGAGCCAGAGCCAGAGCCAGAGCCAGAGCCAGAGCCCGACUUUGAGGCGGGUGACGAGUCUGAAGGCCCCAGCGAGGCUACCAAGGGACACAAACCCUCUGAUGCCAUCCCUACCUCCUGGGAUGCUCCUGCCCUCCCAGUUCCCCAAGAAACAUCUAGGCCAUGGAAGCAAAGAACAGUCAGCUUCAUGUUCGGGGAGCUGAUCUGGGGCCCUCUGUCCAGGGCCUCUGCCUACAGCCCUUAA